GCUGUUUUCUUGUAGCUAAAAUUGUGCGCAAGAUGUUAAUCAUGGUUUCCAUGCGGGCCAGUGAUGCAAACAAGACCCACAGAAAAUAAAGGAAUGAUUGUGUGACGACCGCUUGGAUAAAAGACCCGUCCCUCCCUUCCUCUCCACGCCCACUAUGCGGGCGCCUAACGGUACCGACGCCGUCCUCUCGGCUCGUAAAUAAGAGGUGUUUUUCAUGGAAGGUGGGACGACGGGAGCCCUAGCGAGCUAGCCUAGCCACCGUGACAGGCAGCUAACGGUUCUGACGGAACUGCGACCUCUCCGUGUAGCAACCCGCUGGUUCGCCGAUCAUGGCUGCGAACGGGAACAGCCCGACGCCUGGGAUGGGGGAGAUCAUCCAACUGAACGUCGGCGGGACGCGUUUCAGCACAUCCAGACAGACCCUCAUGUGGAUCCCAGACUCCUUCUUCUCAAGUUUGCUGAGUGGAAGGAUAUCAACACUUCGGGAUGAAACUGGAGCUAUAUUUAUUGACAGAGACCCGACAGCUUUUGCGCCUAUUUUGAAUUUCCUCCGGACCAAAGAAUUGGACCUUCGGGGUGUCAACAUCAGCAUCCUGCGGCACGAAGCAGAGUUUUAUGGGAUAACUCCUUUAGUGCGGCGCCUGCUGCUGUGUGAGGAACUGGACCGCUCAUCCUGUGGUAGCGUUCUGUUCCACGGUUACCUGCCACCGCCAGCCCUCCCUGCCCGUAAAACCAGCUCUGCCUCGGCCGCUGGUUCCUCCUCAGACGAACGACCGGGUCCAAGUGGAGCAGACGGCUUCGCCCGAGUCGGUCCCCCGCCCCACCCUUCGUUCCCCGGCUCUCCUGGAACAGACGACAAUCACAGACUGGGUCCUGUGGUUGAUCCCAGGAAAGUGCUGAUUAUAGCAGGACACCACAACUGGAUUGUAGCAGCGUAUGCACACUUUGUCAUCUGCUACAGGAUAAAAGAAUCCUCCGGAUGGCAGCAGGUGUUUUCCUCCCCCUACCUCGACUGGACCAUCGAACGCAUCGCACUCAACGCCAAGGUAGUGGGCGGCCCGCACGGAGACAAGGACAAGAUGGUGGCCGCUGCCUCCGAGAGCAGCAUCAUCCUCUGGAGCAUCCAAGAUGGAGGCAGUGGCAAUGAGAUAGGUGUAUUCAGCCUCGGAGUACCUGUCGACGAUCUCUUCUUCAUCGGGAACCAGCUGGUGGCUACGAGCCACACGGGGAAGGUGGGCGUGUGGAACGCCGUCACGCAGCACUGGCAGGUUCAAGACGUGGUUCCCAUCACCAGCUGUGACACAGCAGGAUCCUUCCUCCUCCUGGGCUGCAACAACGGCUCCAUCUACUACAUUGACAUGCAGAAGUUUCCACUGAGGAUGAAGGACAACGAUCUUCUGGUGACAGAGCUUUAUCAUGACCCGUCGAACGAUGCCAUCACUGCACUGUCUGUCUACCUCACGCCGAAAACCAGUGUGAGUGGCAACUGGAUAGAGAUAGCCUAUGGCACGAGCAGCGGCGCAGUCAGAGUCAUCGUUCAGCACCCCGAGACCGUCGGGUCGGGCCCGCAGCUGUUCCAGACAUUCACGGUACACAGGAGCCCGGUGACGAAGAUCAUGCUGUCGGAGAAACAUCUGGUGUCAGUGUGUGCGGACAACAACCAUGUUCGAACGUGGACAGUGACCCGGUUCAGAGGGAUGAUCUCCACCCAGCCUGGCUCCACCCCUCUGGCGUCUUUCAAAAUACUGUCUCUGGAGGAGACCGAGAGCCACGGGAGCUAUUGCUCUGGGAAUGAUAUAGGCCCAUUUGGAGAGAGAGACGACCAGCAGGUUUUCAUCCACAAGGUCAUUCCCAUCACCAACAAACUUUUUGUGAGACUCUCAUCAACUGGAAAACGGAUCUGUGAAGUGCAGUCGGUGGACGGGACCACCAUCUCUUGCUUCAUGGUACGGGAGUGUGAGGGCUCCAGCCGGAUGGGCUCGCGACCUCGGCGCUACCUGUUCACCGGCCACGGCAACGGCAGCAUCCAAAUGUGGGACCUGACGACCGCGAUGGACACCGCUAACAAAGGAGAGGAGAGGAGGAAAGAGGGUGAGAGAGCAGCAGAUGUCGGUGGACCAACGGAGGAGGAGCUGCUGCAGCUGUUGGACCAGUGCGACCUGAGCACCUCCCGCUGUGCUACACCAAACAUUAGCCCGGCCCCCUCUGUGCUGCAGCACACACGCCUGCGAGAGUCCUGCUCCAGUCUGCAGCUACAGGCCCAGGAGCCCAUUCCUGAGAGCCAGGCCACUUACGGAGCCGUGCGACCCUACAGAGAGAGCCCCCUGCUGGCCCGUGCUCGCCGGACAGAGUCCUUCCACAGCUACGGAGACUUCCAGAACUUCAGUCUGACUCGAGGUGUUCUGGAAAGCACAAGCCACAGCUCCACCCAGGGCCCCGGGCCGACCCCUGACGCCCGCCGCUCGCUCUGUGACUUCGGGCCUGAGGACAGCGAGCGACGGGCCUCGGCUCUGGAGCUCUGGGCCUGCCGAGCCGGCGCCGGAGGGGGGGCGGCCGCUGGGGCGAAGGCAGAAUGCGGUCAUCAAGAAGCUCCACGACCGCCCCCAGACAGCCCGAUCCCUGGGGGGGACGUCAGGCGAAAGGUGCACCCGGCAGAUGAGGGAGAGGGUCCGGGCUCUGGGGGCGACGGUGUGAAGGCAGAAGGUGGUGGGAGGAAGAGGGGAGUGCUGGAAGGCGGCUUCCUGGGGAGGAAGAGGGCGCCGCCGGUUCCUCACCUCACCUCCGUUCCCUCAGGGUCUGACGGCGGCGGCAGCGACUCGUCUUCGAACGCCUCUCCCUCCCCGACAAAACUGGCCUCGUCCACGUCGCCGCGACACAGGAAGCUGGCGCCCGAGCCGUCCAAUCAGGACAGCAGCCUGUGAGCCUGCACUUUCUCUGCCCCCAUCAAAUCCCAGACAGCCACCUACAGCUCUGUUGGGAACAUUAGUCGUAGCGGGAGCCUCGCCUACGUCUUAUUUCAGCAAGUCAGCGGAUCUCAAAUGUCAGUCAUGCUUCUGACACUAUAAUAUCACUACCAAGACAUUGCGUCUUUUCAUUAAGGAUUUUAACUUUUAUCAGUCUGUGAAAUCAUCUGGAGCGACUGCUGUUCCACCCGAUUCACCACUCGGCUUUAGUUUAUUCAGAUUGAAGUGAGUCUGAUGAUAACCUGCUCAGAACCUCUUCUCUUCCUGCUUUGAUGUUGUUCACCCUUGAUGUUGUCUUGGAAUCCUCCAGUCCAGCUUGUGUUUGGGUGAAGCACCAACGAGCACAGGCUGAACCUUCUGACGUUGUUAAAGCUCAUCCAGGUUUUACAAACGGGCAGCAGAGGAGAAAAAUACUACAACAUGGCUUUACCAGACUCUGAGGAAUGCAUUAUUGUACAGGUGGUGCCCAUUGCAAUAAGAUUCAACCACCUAUAGCGGAGGAGCUAAACUGUUUUUAUUUAACCUACAUAUUAACUGACUGAUCUCUACAGCACCAGUUUCAUGACAACUGAUCCCAAACGAUCAGAUUUCAAACCUCUGAUCAGCGGGUUUGUCUUUUUCUCUCCGCAACAUCCGAGCCAGAGUCUUGGCAGCUACUAAAUGUUUGCAUCUUACUGCAGCCGGGGCAACAACGCUUAUUAGCGUUUCCAUGUAGCAAUGACAGUAAAAGUCACUAGUCAGCAAGUAGGAAGCAGUAGAAGGUGUCUAGGGUUAGUGUUGGACAGCUCAGUGAGCCCUAUGCAACGACAGAGCUACUGUGUGAAGCACAGCUAAAGGCUCCACACCCGGUGAACAUGGACCCGGCUCCCGCGCCGCUCGGCAGCUGAACGUUCAGGGUUUCGGUUCUAGUUCCGCUCACAGUGAAGGUGGCACAGGUGAGGCAGGAAAUGGAGACUUCUGUGUGCACAUGCAGUCAAUAGACACUCAUCGCGGUAGGAAGAAGCACAGGUGAAACAAGCAGACGCCACUUCCUUAAACUACGUGUUCCUCCUAAAGUCACGUCGGUGCCUGCACAAACUCACUAAUUCCUAGUUAUAUUCUUAUUUUUACACUAUCACAAUAUAACCACACUUACCUUAAGACAAGGACCUACACUACAUCACUUUAGACCCUACAGGUUGUUGUUUUGGACUCUUUUAGUGCCUUAUUUGAGUUUUAUCAGCCUGCAUGUGCAUUGUUCAAGUGUUCUGACCAAAGGCUUGAGGAGACUGAGCUCAGUGCGGAGCCGCAUCAGAACAGGCCAGAUUAGAUCUGACCACUGUUUGGCAGAAUCAUUUCCAUUCAUAAAUAGCCACAUAAUCAAUAUCUGGUGUAAACUGUAUAUAUCAGUUCAGCAUGAAUAACUGGAAAAUCCAUCUUUUUUCCCCGGCAUGUUCAUCCGCUUGUUUACGUAACGAUGCUCUAAGGAAAAACAUGGAAACGGCCUGAAAGAACUGGACUAAGAAAAACGACAACUGCUUGUGUGAGCAGAAUGAUUUUGAGCUUUGAAUUUGUUGUUCUUGUUAUUGAUGGUACGCUGUUGGACCGGCUCUGUGGUUCCACCUUUACACCCGUCAGUCGUGCAGAGCGUAAACAAAUCCUCCCAUGGAUGUAUCAGUGCGCGUUGAUGCCUACACUCUAGUUCAGUACAUACUUGAUAAUCAUAUAUUGUCUCUGUUACCAUGAUAUUGGACCUAACUGCAUUUGCACUUGCACUAUUAAGACUAAUAUUAAAGUAACUUGCUGGUGUUUGGUAUAAACAUAUGUGUAUUACAGCACAUAGGCGUUGUUGCUCAGUCCCUUUCUGGCUGCGUUUACAUUAUAUUACAGCUCGAGAGCCAAAGGACACGUCGGCCCAGUGCACCGUUGUUUUACAUUGUGUUUGUUACAAAUGCUGCGUUAUGUUGUAAUAUUAUUUACAGUUGCCUAAAGUACUGAUCCAGUCCAGUGUAUAAUGUUAAACGUCAUCUGGUCACAGAUGAAGUGUUUACCUUUAUUUUUAAAUAAAUUAUGCAUGUUUGAAUGUG